AUGUCGAUGCCAGGCGCCUUCUCUCCGGAGCUGCCUCCCUCCAAACCGGUCCCCAGCGACGACAAAUCCUCCAAGGACCCUCCAGCCCUCCGCCUCGACCAACCUGCCGACGCCUACUCCAUGCACACAAAUGACCCCUACUACGACGAAGCCUCCGCUUCCUCCUCCACUGCAGCCCUCGACCUGCCGCCCUCCUACACCGACGAUCCCUCGUCAACCGACGUGAACCCCUCCGCCCUCCUCGCAGACGAGUCCGCCUCCCCGAACCUCUUCUACAAGGAGGCCGAAACGGGCUACGAGAUCCACCUCUCAAAACGUCUCGACACAGACCCGACCUACCUCGAAUCCCACAUCGCCUCCCUCGCACAACUGCCGCCACGGCCAUAUGUUCGCGUCCGCGGCACCCACUCCGAGUCCGUCCGCAAGCGCGACGAUAAGACCGAGAACAAGACCGUCGUCGACUUCGACCUCCGCCUCGAUCUCACGCCCUUCCUGUACCGAGACAUACAAGCCCGCCAGUCCUGGCGCGAGCUUCGCACCGCGGACAACUUCCAAAAGGUCCGCCGCGGCACCGUCUUCCCGACUCGUGCUCCGGGCUUCGGCGGGUCGUCGGCCGGCGGUGUCGUCGAGGGGAGUAAGCCUCCUACGCUGCGGGAGUGGUGCCAUCGCUACUGCGCCUCGCACGCGGGUCUGAAGACGUUUACGCUCUCGCGAUUGGUGACCGGGUUCGAUGAGGACGAGAGGUUGAAGGGGCGGUUGGAGGAUCUUGUUCGGUCGACGCACUACCGGGGACGCAUCGACGUGAGCUUUCCUGUGCAAGAUGCGAGGGUCGAUGUAUACAAUGCGUGCCGCGUAAACCGGUGGCGGUACACGACCUGGGUGCGUUGGCUCUUCUACCUGACGUUCCUCUGGAUCUUCGCCUGGCCGUACCUUUUCUUCCGAACCAAGCGAUACGAGGUCGUGGAGGCGGAAUGGCCGUUCUCUAGGCGCAAGAGAGAUCCCCAGACCGGAAAAGUAGUCGGCAGAGAGUACGUCACCGUCUCCGAGGAUCAGUGGUACAACAUGUGGGCGAGGGCCAUCUACCGCGGCAUCAUGGAGAGGCGGCAGGGCGAGCUGGACCAGCGGGACCUCAGAGACGCCGAUGGACGACAAGAUACCAGCUUCGAGGACGUCCUCGCUGGCAUGGACGGGGAGACGACGAGAGGGCUCGUCAGAGCCGGUGUGAGCGCGAUGAAUGUCGUGAACCGGCACUUUGGCUGGGGAGGUGAUUGCUAA